AUGUCCUCCUCAACCAAACCAGUAAUCUACAUUGUCCCGGGCGCCUGGCAACUCCCCAUCACCUGGGCAAACUUCAUAACGACCGCCAAAGAAGCAGGCUACCCCGUCACCUUCACCCAGCUCCCCACCGUAGGCGGAAUCCAACUGCCUCUCGCUGCUUUGCCGGAUGACGUAGCAGUUGUGCAAGCAAACCUCCAAAAACUGGUCAACGAGGAAGAGAAAGAAGUGAUUCUCGUCGGCCACUCCUCCGGCGGUCUAGUUGCUAGCUGUGCAGUUGAGGGUUUCGAUGCCGGCGAUCGCACCUACCUCCACUCACAACCCGCCACCGACGCCCUUCUCAACGAUCUUUCCGAAGAAGAGCAGAAAUACUGGGGUAAACAGGUCACGCAUACCUCGUUGGGCUUGUUCAACACGCCUUCUACGUUCGAGCCGUGGAGCAAUGGGGUUCCGUGCUCGUAUAUCUACUGCGAGAGGGACAACGGGAUUAACAUGGCCCGUCAGAAACUGAUGCGUGAGCGAUUAGGGCCAGAUGCGAAGGAGAUUUAUGUUGAUUCUGGUCAUUGUCCUUAUUUGAGCAUGCCGAAAGAGUUGCUCAGGGCGAUCGAGGAGCUUUUGGCGUGA